AAAUUUGAAGAAUAAAAUAGAUUUGAGAUUUAACGUUUCCUUUUUUCAGUAGGUGAAGUUGGUCAUCUUAGAUAAGUGUGCGAAGGCUAAAGGGAGCCAUUAAAUCGGAGAGUCUCUUUCGUGAAUUGAAGUGUGAAGUAGAACUCGCAUAUUGAGGUGUAGUUGAAUCCGGAAAACAAGGGGAUUAAAAUGAAAGCUGAACCUCAGCUGUAAUAGUUGUGAAAUUCGGUUUGGGGAGUAUACCAUGAGAUGAGAGAUGUCGAGAGACGUGAUGUGUUGGAUUGUGGGGGCAAUGGGGGCAUUGGCUUCAUAUAAAAUGGGACCAAUGACAUCAAUUUCAUUCCCCCCUUUAACUUUUGGGCUUUGGUUUUUCAAGAGAUUGCUGCAACAAACACUUUCCUUUUGGGUUCUUUUCGCAUACCUUAAAGAAAAGAAAAAAAAAAUCACUAUUUGAAGCAAAACCAUAGCAGUUUCAAGGCUUUCCUGUUAUGGAAAAUCAACAACUCAACCACCAACACCAGCAACAACAACAGCAGCAAUCAAGAUUCAGACGUGUCUGUGUCUUUUGUGGUAGCAGCCCCGGCAAGAAUCCUAUCUACCAGCUUGCUGCUAUUCAGCUUGGCAAACAACUGGUUGAAAGGAACAUUGACUUGGUGUAUGGUGGGGGAAGCAUUGGCUUGAUGGGGCUGGUUUCCCAAGCUGUCUUUGAUGGUGGUCGCCACGUGUUGGGGGUAAUUCCCAAGACUCUCAUGCCAAGAGAGAUUACAGGAGAGACAGUGGGAGAAGUAAGAGCUGUGUCAGGAAUGCACCAACGUAAAGCUGAAAUGGCUCGCCAAGCUGAUGCCUUUAUUGCCUUGCCAGGUGGGUAUGGAACCUUGGAAGAACUCCUGGAAGUGAUCACUUGGGCUCAGCUAGGAAUCCACGACAAACCUGUGGGACUGUUGAAUGUUGAUGGGUACUACAACUCACUUUUGUCGUUCGUAGACAAGGCCGUUGAUGAAGGUUUCAUAGCACCAGCAGCCCGUGACAUAAUUGUCUCUGCCCAAAGUGCCCAAGAACUCAUGUGCAAGCUCGAGGACUAUGAACCGAAACAUUCUGGGGUGGCCUCCAAGCUAAGCUGGGAAAUGGAGCAACAAUUAGGUUUCACAGCAAAAUCAGACAUUGCUCGUUGACCGUUCGUCGCAUUCAUUCACACAUGAUCGACAAUUUAUGACCAUAGAUUCUUACCCCAAUGCACAGCAAGAAGAACCUUGUAGAUGCAAGCUCGAACGACAAGUGUCACCCACAGUUUAUUUUAUUCGGCUGUAUAUCAUGCUGUGAAUUCUUUUUUGUUUUCCUUGGUUUAAUUUAGAAUCCGACCCUGGACAUACAAUGUCAGUAACUUUAUUAGCUUCCUAUAUCGAUGAUUGCUAAU